UAAAACUAGAAUACGAUGUCGUAUAGUGGGCCUUUAUAUAACGAAAGUGAACGAGUGAGUGAGACAUAUAAGAAGGAGGAAGACAAUGAACCAAAAAUGAAAGGAAAGAAAAGAAAGAUUGAAGAAAUGGAGAGUGAAAAAUCCAAUCCCGAUGCCAACGCCGUACUCAUCGACUCAUUCUGCGAAAUCACUUCUUCAACCAAACAAGAAGCACUUUUCUUCCUCGAAAGUCACAAUUUCGACCUCGACGCCGCCGUUUCAACUUUCCUAGAUAAUAGCAUCAACAACAACAACCCAACUAUCCCUCUAAACGACAACACUACUAACGUCGUUUCACCUUCCGAUUCUCUUUCCCCCGAUUUCCACCCUUCCUCUUCUCCCUCUCGCUCUCGAUCUUCCUCACCCUCCCGCGCUCCUUACGAGCUCCGAUCCCGUCGUUCUCGCGGCAAGAAACCUUCCGGUAGUCGCCAAGGUGGAAUCCAUACCUUACGUGAUGUUAAACGUAACCAAGAUUCUCGUUCUGUUUCCGAUUCUGAAUCUGAUGAACCGCAAGAGUACUUCACCGGUGGUCAAAAGAGUGGUAUGCUUGUCCAAGAUCCUACCAAAGGUGGUAACACUGUGGAUGAUAUUUUUGAUCAGGCUAGACAGGUAGCUGUUGAUGCUCCUACUGAAAACUCUUCAAGGUCAAGAAGUUUUAUUGGAACUGCCAGAUUGCUUUCUGGUGAGACAUUGGAAUCUGCUCCUCAGCCAGUAGAAUCAAUUGCUCACAUGGUCACUUUUUGGAGGAAUGGUUUUUCUGUAAAUGAUGGUCCUUUACGGAGGUUGGAUGAUCCACAAAAUGCAGCAUUCCUUGAGAGCAUAAAGAAGUCUGAAUGUCCUAAAGAACUUGAACCAACUGAUCGUCGAGCUUCUGUCCGUCUCAACCUCACAAGGCGGGAAGAAGACUACCCCGAACCAGUGAAGCCACGCAAUGCUCCAUUUCGGGGGGUUGGAAGAACUUUAGGUGGCAGCAGCUCAAGCAGUGAAGCUGCCGGUGAACCUAUUCAAACAACUACUGGUGCUUCCUUAAAUACUGCUUCAGUACUAGCAGUGGGUCUAGUUGUUGAUGAGUCCCAACCUGUGACAUCAAUCCAGCUAAGGUUAGCUGAUGGUACACGUAUGGUUUCUCGCUUCAAUCACCGCCAUACAAUCAGAGAAGUUCGAGGAUUCAUUGAUGCAUCAAGACCUGGUGGGGCAAGAAGUUAUCAACUACAGACAAUGGGUUUUCCUCCCAAACAACUUACUGAUUUGGACCAGACUAUAGAGCAAGCUGGUAUAGCCAAUUCAGUUGUUAUCCAAAAAUUGUAGGUUGUUUCCCUGAUUUUAUUUCCAGUCAUGUUGAAAUUACUCUGCUAUGCAUAAACAUUGAUUGAUCUACUUUUGUGAAUUCCAAAAUGUUCCUUGUUGGUAUACUCCAUAUGGAAUUGCUUUUCAGGAAAAAUAGAAAUGAUGUUUAAAUGAGGUAUUGUUAGUAGGAAAGCUAGUCAAACACAUUUCUGCUUA